UGUCUCUCUCUUGUUGCCACAGACAAGAAUAAAAUUGUCGUAAUUGCCGGUACAAGUUUUUUUUUUUCGCAUUUGUUUCGAUACCGGCAAAGGACAAGAGGAGUCAUUAGCUGCAUAAUUGGCCAAUUGACAAAGUGCGGUCGCCCAUAAUGGCCGACGAAGAAAUCCAGUCUCGAUUCGCUCCCAAUGGGACGCUGGAGCCAGAUGUUCUCAGCGAGCUCCAGUCCAUGGGACGACUACACGACAUCUCGGCUGAGGACCUCUAUUUCAAGUGGGAGUCGUACUGCAUCAAGAUGGACGUGGAUGCGCAGGCCGUGACGCUGUCGAAUGUGCGCGGCCUGAAGCAGAGCAUCCAGGAUGAGCUGGAGAAGUCGCAGCGGCGGGUGCAGCUCAAGAGCGAGAGGAAGAUGGCGCCGACACCGAGGCCCAAGGCGGGCAAGGGGGAUGUGUUUGGCAUGCUGGAUAGCUUGGUGCCGAGUACACCUGCGGCAGGGAAGCACAAGGCGCCUGGAAGUGGUGGACUGAGGAAGAGGAUGGAGAUGCAGAGGGACAUACCCAGCUCGCCAGCAGCAGGGCUCAACGAGCAGUUGAGGUCGAUGAAUCUCCCAACGGCGACCUUUGCAGAACGACAGAAUGCGGGAGAGGUGGUGGAAAUCCUAAACGACGAGCUCCCGCCGGCCGAAGCUCCCAUUGCGCCCUUCCCCGAACCGAGGAUCAAGCUCACAGCGGCCUCUGAUCAGAAGAAGAUGGGAUAUAAGCCGCUGGCGAUGAAGCUAUCGGAGGCUAGCGAGAUCCUUGACGACCGAAUCGACGACUUUGUUGAUCUUGUCCGCGAGCACCAUAGUCUGGAGUACUCUGCCUUUGGCAAUGCUGCAACCGCAAGCACAAGCGAGAUUGUGGCUGUAGGUCGCAUUGCAUCGGAUUCUCUGGAGGGAAAGCUCAACGCCGCCUCGAUAGUGCUGGAGACAUCAAGACGGAUGGGGAGGGGUCUCAGAGUGCCGCUCAAGCUGGACGGUGUUCAAAGCUGGAGCUUCUUUCCGGGCCAGAUUGUUGCGCUCAGGGGCAGUAACAUCACGGGGGAUGAAUUCAUCGUCAAGGAGAUUCUAGAUAUGCCACUUCUGCCGAGUGCUGCGUCCAGCCCUGCGGCUCUUGAGGCUCAUCGAGAGAAGCUUAGGGGGGACCCAGAUGCCAUGGACGCAGACUCGGACCCUGCGCCGCUAAGCAUCAUCUACGCAGCCGGGCCGUAUACGGCUGAUGAUAACCUCGACUAUGAGCCGCUGCAGGCGCUCUGCAAUCAGGCAGCUGAUACAUACGCCGAUGCUCUCGUUCUCACAGGACCGUUCCUUGAUAUCGACCACCCACUUAUUGCCACGGGCGACUUUGAUCUUCCUGAAGACGCCACAUAUGACCCCGAUACUGCCAACAUGAACACCGUCUUCAAAUAUCUCGUCGCCCCCGCGUUAAGCCGCCUCGCUUCUGCAAACCCCCAUAUCACAGUCAUCCUCGUCCCUUCCGUGCGAGAUGUUCUCGAUAAACACGUCUCCUGGCCACAGGAUACCAUCCCCCGACGAGAGCUCGGCCUACCCAAGUCGGUGCGCAUCGUUUCCAACCCCAUGACCCUAUCCAUGAAUGAGGUAGUUCUCGGUCUGUCUAGCCAAGACGUGUUGUAUGAACUACGCAGCGAGGAGAUCUCUAAGGGAGCACCUCCCGGAGAGCUCAUGCGGCGGCUGUGUCGCCAUCUGGUUGAGCAGCGGCAUUACUUCCCCGUGUUUCCGCCGACAGACCGAUCAAGGCUGCCCAAGACGGGUACGGAAGAUGGGCUUGCGACGGGUGCUAUGCUUGAUGUGAGCUAUCUUAAGUUGGGCGAGAUGGUCAGCGUUCGGCCUGAUGUGAUGCUGAUGCCCAGUUUCCUACCUCCUUUUGCAAAGGUCGUUGAAAGCGUUUUGGCAAUCAACCCAGGCUCUUUGUCGAAGAGGCGUGGAGCAGGGACAUAUGCUCGCAUGACUCUCUAUCCCCCAUCCUCAGACGGAGAAGUAAUAAAUGGCCUGAUAACCCACAAGGUAUUUGAUAGGGCACGGGUAGAGAUUGUGAGGAUAUAGAAGAAAAGGGCACCAAAUUGGGGGAGGGUGGGUUUUAGCAACUGAUGACAAGACAUUUGGCACAUUUUUUUGAUAUACUUGUUCUCAUUUUAAUCAUGUUCUUUUGGCCAUUUUUUCAUGCCAAAUAGAUGGGGUAUAUAUUUGUACGGUUAUAAAAAUCCAAGGUAUGGAUGCAUCUUUGCAUCCCCAUUAAAAAUAUUACAUGUGCAAGCCAUCCUUUUGGGGGAAACCCCCUUCAGUCCCGAUCAUCAACCCUGCGUCUCUUGUCGUCGUCAUGGCGAUAUCUUUCACGAGACGUACUCCUCUUUCGGCGAUUCCAGUCGUCAUCCGGCCGGAAUCGAUCGUCCUCACCGUCAUACCGACGACGGUCAUCCCUCCUCCUAUCGCCAUCAAACGACCCCCAUCGCCCAGUAUCUUCGGUCCGCAUGUCCUUGUACUUUGUCGCGCCCUUCUUGCCCAGCUUGGUCAUGUCCCGCAGCUGCAGAUACUCGGGAAGCGCCUCGCGGUUGCGCACGUCGUCCUGUAUGCGGCUGCCCAUGAUGUCUCGCUGCAGCAGGCCCGCGGCGGCCGUCUCCUCCUGGAAGAAGGCGCCCUUGUGGUAGUACUUUUGCUUGUAUGCCAUCUUGCCCUUGCUGUCCUUUUCCUCCUGCUGCUUCGCGAUGUAGGCCUCGUCCUCGGCGGCGCGCUCUUCCUCGGUGAGGUUGCGGCGCCGCUCCACCUCCG